ACACAAUGAACCUUCUGCCCAAAAGUACGGCCGACUUUGGUUCGACCGAGUACUGGAACAGCUUUUUCCGCAAGCGUGGAAAGCAAGCAUUUGAAUGGUACGGUGAAUAUCCGGAGCUGUGCGAUCAAUUGCACCAGUACAUCAAGGUGAAGGAUGAAAUCCUUGUGGUCGGUUGCGGUAACUCGAAGCUAAGCAUGGACCUGUACGAUGUUGGUUUCAAAAAAAUCACCAACAUCGACAUAUCGCCGGUAGUCAUCAAACAGAUGCAGGAAGCAAACCGUACCACCCGUCCCGAAAUGACAUGGAACCAGAUGGACGCUACCGCUAUGACUUUCCCGGACGAAACGUUCUCCGUCGUGCUGGACAAGGGUACACUCGAUGCACUGUUCACCGAUGAAUCGUCCGAGGUGAUGAGCGUGGUGCAGCAAUACUUUACCGAAAUUGGUCGUGUACUUCGUCCGGCCGGUCGGUACGUUUGCAUAUCGCUUCUCCAGGAACACAUCCUGCGCAAGGUGGUAGAUCAUUUUCCAUCCGCACACUUUAUGUUACGAAUCGUACGCUGCCCGGAAGCAGGUAAAGGAAGUGCUACAAAAGACACACCUAACGCGGACAGUUCCUCAUUGGUGGUUUUUGCAAUUGUGGCAACCAAGUUGAAAAACAUCCCGAUGCGUAUCCUUGAGCUUGGGCUGGCCGGCAAUCACAUCGAGCGUGUCCAGCGGCCCGAGGAUCUUUUGGCCGGUGUAGCUGCUGCACAGAAAGCGGCCAUGGUUUGUAACGGAUUGGCACGUGGUAGCAUUGCCGGUAUGUCGGAAGUGUCACUGGAUCUGUUUGCUCCGACCGAGAAGCAACAACCACGCUAUACAAUCCACGUGCUGGAUCAGUCACCAAAGCGCGGAAAUGGAAAGUAUGCUGCCUUCAUUGUUCCGCAGGGUCGGGAAACGGAAUGGCUCUUUGCAACACCGGCCGGUCGUAGGAAAUUGCAGGAAUCGGCCAAAUUUGAUCGUCUUGCAAUCGUUACCCUCCAUCGGGGGCACGUUUAUAGCGAUCUGGAAGCUGUGAAAGUGGAACUAGGGGAAAGCGUAAAAUCACUCGCACCGAAUGGCCUUCAAGGUGCCUCGAUACCGUAUCUUUCCAUAGGUGCUGAAGUUGGUCGCCGGGAAACGAUCCACACUGGUCAUAGUGAACUCUCAGGAGAGUACGUAGUAGAGGAGAUUGCCGGUGAUAAUGGUCGGCUUUUCAGACGGCUUAUAUUCCUCUCAAAUCAAUCCGUCAUCCAGUCGGAUGCGGCCCUCAAAAUGGCACGUGUGCGUGGAAUCCGUGCGCCACAGAAGGUUGUCGAUCCGGGAUAUCUUGCCUGUCAGCAUCAUCUGUUCAUGACGGUCGGUGUACAGCUAGCAGCAAACAUGACCAACAAUGCCUCAAACAAAAACUGCCCGGUAGCCGUUGUUGGACUCGGCGGUGGCGGUCUCUGUACGUUCAUUCGUGAGUGUCUCAAAAACACCACCCUAACGGCAAUCGAAAUCGAUCCGGAAAUUGAACAGAUUGCUGUGAAAUAUUUCGGCCUAACGGUCGACCAACGUCUGCGGGUAGUUAUUGCCGAUGGAAUCCAAUUUCUUGAGGACGAGGCGGCACGUGGCGCGCACUAUUCCGCUCUACUGUUCGAUGUCGAUAGUAAGGAUCCGAGCGUAGGCAUGAGCUGUCCACCGGCAGCAUUUCUCGAACCGACUGUACUGGCCAAUGUGCGUAAAAUUAUUGGCGAAAUGGGACUGUUUGUGCUGAACCUUGUGUGUCGUAACGAAAGUCUCCGGGAAACGACGGUUGAAUCGCUAAAGCAAACGUUCCGUUACGUGCUUUCGUAUCAGCUGGAGGAGGAUGUGAAUGAAAUUUUCUACUGUACGGACAAUGAGCGAUUGAAAGAGGUUACAAACUGGCAGGAGCUGUUACGAAAGGCGGCUGACGAUGUCAACCAACUGGCACGGAAGGAAAAGCUAACGAUGGAGCGGGAGUUGGUUGAUUUGAGUGAUUUUAUCGCUGCGCUUAAAAUCUAGGUGCAAUAAAAUAUUUGUU